ACCACCAAAAUUCUCAAGCAUGCUCUCAUAAAUGAUGGCUAUGAGAAUCUUGGUUGUUUUCUACAUCGAGGCAUACUUUAUGCAGAUCUAAAAAAUUGGUUGCUGGCAAUGUGUGACUUUGAAACUGUUAUUUCUCUAGAAAGAACGCUACCAUUGGCUUAUAUAAAUAUUGGUCUCAUACAUCUACUGUACCUGGAUAACUACACUGAUGCCAUUUGGCAGUUUUCUGAAGCUAUUAGAAUGGAUCCUUUAUGUAUUAAGAGCUAUAUUUGUCGAGCAGAAAGCUAUCAUAAGUUACAUAAAUUGAAACAGGCAGUAAAAGAUUUAUCUCGUGCUAUCCACCUUCAGCCAGAUGGAAUCCAAUUAUAUAUAAUAAGAGGACAAUAUUUGCUUACAAUGAGAUGUUAUGAUCUUGCAAAAUUCACUAUUUAUCAAGUUGCAGAAAUGAACAAAGGUCUCAUUGAGUUUAGUCCUGUACAGCAAGCACUCAUUUAUUCAUUUUGUGAAAACCAUGACAAGGCCAUUCAAGUCUUAAACGCAAUCUCUUUGAGUAAGCCUGAGAUAACCACAUAUGCUCUGUUAGCGAAAGCCCAAAUGAAGGCCAAGCGAAACAAGGAAGCUGUGAGGACAUUUAAAAAGGCAUUGGAUGUGUUUUCUCAUUCUGAUAAAGGACCAAAUAUCACAGUGGCUUCAGCAGACUGUCUGUAUAACAUGGGCCUUUGUUAUGUGGAGGACGGCAAUUUACAAAUGGCUUAUGAUUCUUUUACAAAAGCUGUGAAAGCAAAUCCUGAUUUUGCAGAAGGCUUUUAUCAAAGAGGGCUUUGUAAAGUAAAGCUCCACAAGGAUAACUCAAUCCUGGAUUUUAAUCAUGCAAUUACCCUCAAUCCAAAACAUUACCAGGCAUAUUUAAGUCGAGUAGCCUAUUAUGGCUUGAAAGGCAGAUACUCCAAAGCAAUCUUGAAUUGUAACGAAGCCAUAAAAAUUUACCCUGAGAGUGCCCGUGCCUUCCUCUACAGAGGAGUUCUGAAAUAUUACAACAAGACUUAUAACCUAGCAAUUACAGAUUUAACCACAGUUAUCAACCUGGACAAAAACAGUUAUAUAGCAUUUUAUAACAGAGCAAUAUGUUAUACCAAAAUAAAGGAACUUCAAAUGGCAUUAAUAGAUUAUGGAAUUGUGCUUCUUCUUGAUGCUGGAGAAACUAUAACAUUGAAUACCUUCAUCAAUCGUGGACGUAUCUACAAAGAACUAGAGCAAUAUGGCUUUGCAUUAGAGGAUUUUAAACAAGCUGCUCUGAUAAGCCAGACGGUGAGCCUUUGUCAGGCUGUUGCCUUGUGCCAUCACAGAAUUAAAGAGUUUGAAGAAGCUGUCAAUUUCUUCACCUGGGCUCUUAAAAUUAAUCCACGUUUUCUGGAUGCAUAUGUAGGAAGAGGAAAUUCUUACAUGGAAUAUGGUCAUGAUGCAGCCACCAAGCAAGCACAGAAGGACUUUCUGAAAGCAUUGCAUUUUAAUCCAAUGUACACAAAAGCCAGGAUUAGUUUAGGCUAUAAUUUGCAGGCUCAAGGAAAAUUCCAGAAAGCUUGGAACCACUUUACCAUUACCAUAGCAAUUGAUCCAAAAAGCUACCUAGCCUAUGAAGGAAGAGCUGUGGUUUGUCUUCAGAUGAGUAACAAUUUUGCUGCAAUUCAGGAUAUUAAUGCUGCCAUAAAGAUCAAUACUACAGCAGAAUUGUUAACAAAUCGUGGUGUGAUUCAUGAGUUUAUGGGUCAAAAACAGAAUGCAAUGAAAGACUAUCAAGCAGCAAUUUCUCUAAAUCCCAAGUACGCGCUGGCUUACUUUAAUGCAGGAAAUAUCUACUUUCACCACAGGCAGUUUUCCCAGGCCAAUGAUUACUUCUCAAAGGCUCUGAAGUUUGAUCCAGAAAAUGAAUGUGCUCUCAUGAAUAGAGCUAUUACGUAUACACUUUUAAAGAAAUAUAAAGAAGCAAAAGAAGAUUUUGCAAAUGCAAUUGAAAGCUGUCCCUAUUGGGCUGCAUUAUAUUUUAAUAGGGCAAACUUCUACUGCUGUUUAAAACAAUAUGAAAUAGCUGAGGAAGACCUUAAUAAAGCCCUGUCUUUGCAGCCUGACAAUGCUGCAGCAUAUAAUCUUAGAGCAGAAGUUCGUGGCAAAAUAGGUCUGAUUGAGGAAGCUAUGGCUGACUACAACCAAGCUCUUGAUUUUCAAGAAUAUGCCUCAGUUACAUGAUUGCAUAGACCAUGGUUUCUACAGGAGUUUACGUGCUGUUCUUCCUGAAAUUGAAAUCCCUUUGUUGUUUAAAAAGUCACAUUGCAUUCAAUAUUGUAUUCAUUAUACUUAACCUUCUAUAUAACCCUUCAUUGCGUUUAAACAAAAUAUUUACAUUACACAUUAAUUAUGAAAUUUUUAGAAUAUUUUACACAUAUUUGGAAUAACUCAACAAUUGAAUUUCUUCAUAGCAUGCAGAA